GAACUGGUACCACCAACAUCGUUCUGUUCCUGCGACAGCUAUCCGUGCUAGCACCUUACUCUCUGCGUUGAAAACGAAGUUGGACGUGAGCUGUCCGACAUUGCUGCAACUUCGAGCGACUUCGUGGCCUGCUCCCUGCAACAACAACUUUAUGUGCUGAUUGCGACGUCGAUAAGCCCGUAACUCCUAGAGAAGUUUAGCAAUUUAGAUGAAUCGACACCAUCCAUACGGAAGUCCCUACGACACAGGCCGUAGGGGUGGGUUUUCUGGUGGCCCUGGCCCUGACAGAUCCCAUCGUUUCGAGCAAGGUAGCCCGUCCAGAGGCCGAGGGUUUGGACGCGGCCGUGGUCGCGGGGGUGGGGGCGGCGGAGGGGGAGGCUACAGUAACAAUUUUGACGCCGCUCCUGGUCCCUAUGAUCAAGCCCCUCCGCAAGGCGACAUGAAUGCAAGUUAUAAUCAGUAUGGUACUAGCCAAGGUCAAGAUCUCUACCAGAACAACGGUUAUGGAGGAUCUGGUCAGUACGGAGGCGCGCCUGACUCAGAUGGCUAUGAUCAAGGAUAUGGGAAUUAUAAUGAAGACGACUCAGGUUAUAGCGGCAGCGGUGGCGGUGGAUAUGGAUCGCGCCCUCCCAAGCGUCAACGCAGGGAGAGAGAUGACAAGGUUCACGAUUCCAUAAUUGAAGAGCGAAUCCAAAGAGAACGUCCUUGUCGAACACUUUUCAUUCGUAACAUUAAGUACGAAACGGAUAGCAAUGAUGUUCGCCGCCGCUUUGAAGAACAUGGUGACAUCAAAACGUUCUUUGACCUCAUAGCAAACCGCGGCAUGGUAUUUGUCACUUACUAUGAUUUACGAGCAGCGGAACGUGCCAGAGAGCGACUACAAGGCUCAGAAAUCAGUGGACGACCCAUUGAUGUGCAUUACUCACUACCUCGUGAUGACAACACGAGCAAAGAGCAGGAGAAAAGCGGUCAACAAGAAAUGCAAGGGACGCUUCUGGUUACCUUGCGGAACUCGAUGUCGGGACAACCGAUAGAUGACAAUGAGGUCAGAAGAAAGUUCCAACAGUUUGGAGAUGUCAAGUCCGUUACGCUGUCGGAAAGUGGUCGACCUGAUCAACGCUACGUAGAGUUCUACGAUAUCCGGGCUGCCGAAGAAGCAUAUGAUCGCCUAAGGCAUCAAGGUUUACAGGAUGGCGUUAUGGAUAUAGCCCUCGGAUGGGAGAUGGAUCACUCUCAACGCAGCCCGAAUCCUCGGCGAGACGAGAGGUACGAUCGUGAAUACGAUGAGCCGUCCCCUCGCGGGCGCGUGCGUGGUCGAGGUGGACGCGGUCGUGGUCGAGGACGGGGCGGUUACGGCGGCGACGACUGGGACCACCGUGACUUUGAUAGGGAUCGCGAUCGUGGGAGACGAUACGGAGACGAUGGGUAUGGGGGUGGUGGAGGUGGAGGUGGAGGCGGGCGGGGCAGAGGACGAGGAGGGUACAACAGCCGGUUUGAUGACCGAGAUUCAGGCUACCGUGGAGGUCCUGGCGGUCCUCCUCCGUCUACUAACUACAGUGGCGGCCCCGGUGGACCCAGUUACGGAGGACCGAGUGGCCCUGCACCAGUAAGAUCAUACUUUGAGGCCCCUGUCGACGAGAGACUUGAACAGGCAAGGAAAGUCCAGCAGCUACUGGCUGCCUUAAAGCAGCCUCAGGGUGGGGCGCCUCCUUCUGCCCCCCCUCAAGCCUCUGCUCCCCCCGUACCCCCUCCCGGCAUCCCAAAUAUGCCACCAAUGCCUCCGGGACCGCCGAAUCAUUUCUUCCCGCCGCCCUCAGCGUUACAGCAGCAGCCUCAUCCGCCGUACCCCGGCUCGUUACCGCCGCCCUCGGCUCACACGGGAUCGUACCCGCCUCCUAUGCCACCCCAGAACUCGACGCCGCAACCGCCUCCUCCUGGACCGCCUGGCAUGCCGUCUCUCGCCAGCCUCCCUCCUAACAUCUUGGCGCUUAUCCAGCAAGCGCAGGGUCAGCAGCAGAAUCAGCAGCCCCCGCAGCAGACGGCGACACCGCCGAUGCCACAAUAUGGUAUGCCGCCUCCGCAACAGAUGUCGCCGCCGCCGCCGCCGAUGCCUGGUGUGUCGCCUGCUAACCAGCCCGGAUACCAGCAGUUGAUGGCGUAUCUGCAAAGCCAGACCGGCAAGAGAUAGCACGAAAUACAUGAAAAUCAUGCGCAUCGUCCCGACCUCAGGCACAGAUUUAGGCUGUGCGCUGUUCUGUUCACUUCUCCAUUUUGAGAAACAUACGACGCAGCUUUUCUUCCUAUUUUUUUCCUUGUCUGAUUUGCCUUGACGAUCUGCGAGAGUUUGAGUUCUCCACGAUGUAUACUCGGGACUUUCUGCCGUGAAACGAUGUCCUAAUAACAUUAUGACAAGUAUAUAUUCUCAAGGACUCGGUUCACUCUUGUAUGUAGGCAUAGGUGUAUCAUCAGGAGUUGACUACCUUCGCC